AUGGAGAACCAUCAGUUGCGAAUGAUAAUUGACUGCGAUGCUGGACAUGACGACGUGGAGUCUAUUAUGGUGGCACUAUCACAGCCAGACGUUGAAGUGCUCGCUAUAACGUGUGUCAGCGGUACAACCAACGUUGAUAAUGUUUGUCGAAACGUCCUUCGUACACUCAAAAUUUGUGAUCGCGAAAAGAUUCCGGUUUAUAAGGGUUGUUUCACGUCACUUAUAGGCGGUUCUACCACUCUGGAGUCUGACCACAUACAUGGCUUUGACGGUCUCGGGGACAUUCCCCAGUACGUCUUACCAGACAUGACACUUCUCAGCUCGGAGCAUGCAGUCAACGCGUUGGUUCGAUUAAUAAAUCAACACGCGGGAGAGAUCCAUCUCGUUGCAACUGGCCCUCUUACAAACGUUGCCAUGGCAAUGAGGAUGGACCCUGGCUUUACCGAGAAACUCAAAUCUUUGACAGUGAUGGGUGGGAAUAUUUAUGGAAGAGGAAACAUUACGCUAUGUGGCGAAUUUAACUUUGCCAUGGAUCCUGAAGCUGCGUACAUUGUAUUGAAUUCUUGUCAAUGUUUGAUGACUUUACUAACAUCCGAAAUCUGUGAAGAACACUUUCUAACUUUUCAAUGGUUCGAAGACAGGGCAACUAUUGGAACAGAGAAGGCGAAAUUUGUAACGGACACUGCAUGGAAGCUGAAGAAAUAUUUUGAAGAACGCUUUUCGCCGGGUAAGACAUGUCCCUACUUCAGUUGGGAUAGUUUAGCGAUGAUAGCCACGGUAAGAAAGGAGUCUGUAUUAGAAUCGGGGAAAUACUUCGCAACUGUUGAACUAGCUGGAAAUGUAACACGUGGUCAGAUGGUGGUUGAUUGGUCCAACAAACUCGGGAAAUACCCUAAUGUCAAUAUUGUAAAGAAAAUGGACAUGAAGAUUGUUGAGGAGAUAAUGACCCAUUCUGUCGAAUGA